AUGCUGCCGGUGCCCCCGGAGGUGAAGCCCAACGCCAGCCCGCUGCAGGGCGCGAACCUCUGCUCGCGCCUGUUCGUCUGGUGGCUAAACCCCUUGUUUAAAAUUGGCCAUAAGCGGAGAUUAGAAGAAGAUGACAUGUACUCAGUGCUUCCGGAAGAUCGCUCCAGGCACCUUGGGGAAGAGCUGCAAGGGUACUGGGAUCAGGAAGUUCUGAGAGCCCAGAAAGACGCACGGGAGCCUUCUUUAACGAAAGCAAUCAUAAAGUGUUACUGGAAAUCCUACUUAGUCUGGGGAAUGUUUAUGUUUCUUGAGGAAGGCACAAGGGUACUUCUGCCCAUAUUUUUGGGCAAAAUUAUUAGUUAUGUUGAAAACUAUGAUCCCACCGAUUCUGCCACUUUGUACGAAGCCUACAGCUAUGCUGCAGGGCUGAGUGCCUGCGUGCUGGUCUGGGCCAUCCUGCACCACUUGUACUUCUAUCACAUUCAGCGUGUGGGCAUGAGGUUAAGAGUAGCCAUGUGCCAUAUGAUUUACCACAAGGCCCUUCACCUGAGUAGCCUGGCCAUGGGCAAGACCACCACAGGCCAGAUAGUCAGUCUGCUGUCCAAUGAUGUGAACAAGUUGGAUCAGGUAACGAUGUUCUUGCACUUUCUGUGGGUGGGGCCACUGCAGGCUAUCGCAGUGACGGCCCUGCUCUGGAUGGAAACAGGAAUAUCAUGUCUUGCCGGGAUGGCGGUUCUCAUGAUUCUUCUGCUUUUGCAAAGCUACAUCGGGAAGCUGUUUUCAUCACUCUGGGGUAAGACCGCAGCUUUCACAGACGACAGGAUCAGGACCCUGAGCGAAGUUAUAACUGGCAUCAAAACAAUAAAAAUGUAUGCUUGGGAAAAGUCUUUUGAAGACCUUAUUACCAGCUUGAGAAGUAAAGAAAUUUCCAAGAUUCUGAGAAGUUCCUACCUUAGAGGAGUGAGUUUGGCAUCAUUUUUCGCUGUAAGCAAAGUCAUGGUCUUUGUCACCUUCAUCACUAACUACCACCUGGAUAACAUGAUCACAGCCAGCCAAGUGUUUGUGGUGGUGACGCUGUACGAGGCUGUGCGGUUGACGGGCACCCUCUACUUCCCCAUGGCCGUGGAGAAGGUGUCAGAGGCAGUCGUCAGCAUCCGAAGAAUCAAGAACUUUCUAUUACUUGAUGAGAUAUCACAGCACAACCCUCAGCUGCCAUCAACUGGUGAAACGAUAGUGGACGUGCAAGAUUUCACUGCUUUUUGGAAUAAGGCAUCAAAUACCCCAACCCUACAAGGCCUUUCCUUUACUGUCAGACCCGGGGAACUGUUAGCUGUGAUUGGACCUGUGGGAGCAGGAAAGUCGUCCCUGUUAUGUGCUGUGCUGGGGGAGCUGCCCCCGAGCCAGGGGCUGGUCAGCGUGCACGGGAGGAUCGCGUAUGUUCCUCAGCAGCCCUGGGUGUUUUCAGGAACUGUGCGGAGUAAUAUUUUAUUUGGGAAGAAAUAUGAAAAAGAACGAUAUGAAAAAGUAAUAAAGGCUUGUGCUUUGGAAAAGGAUUUACAGCUUUUGGAGGAUGGAGAUCUAGCUGUGAUAGGAGAUGGAGGAAUUACACUGAGUGCCGGGCAGAAAGCCCGGGUCGGCCUCGCAAGAGCCGUGUAUCAGGAUGCAGACAUCUACCUCCUGGACGAUCCGCUCAGUGCAGUGGAUGCAGAAGUCAGCAGGCACUUGUUCCAAGAGUGCGUUUGCCAAGCUUUGAAGGAGAAAAUCACAAUCUUAGUGACUCAUCAGCUUCAGUUCCUCAAGGAUGCAAGUCAGAUUCUGAUAUUGAAAGAUGGCAAAAUGGUCACAAAGGGGACUUAUUCUGAGUUCCUGAAAUCCGGUGUAGAUGUCAUUUCCUUUUUUAAGAAGGAGAAGGAGGAGGCUGAACCAUCUCCAAUUCCAGGAACUCCCACUCUGAAGAAUCAAACCUCCUCCGGGUCUUCGGUUCAGUCUCAGAAGUCUUCCUUGUUGAAAGAUGCUGCUCCGGAAGACCAAGAUACUGAGAAUAUAGAGUUCACACUCUCCCCGGAGGACCGUUUGGAUGGAAACGUUGGUUUUAAGACCUACAAGACCUACUUCACAGCCAGUGCUCAGUGGUUUAUCAUCAUUUUCCUUAUUCUACUAAACAUCGCAGCUCAGGUUGCCUACAUCCUUCAAGAUUGGUGGCUUGCAUACUGGGCAAAUGGACAGAGUACCCUGUAUGCCAUAGUAUAUGGAAAAGGAAAGCUAAUUGUGGAGCCUGAUAGUGCCUGGUACUUUACAGUUCAUGCAGUUCUAACUGUAGCUACUGUCCUUUUUGGCAUCACAAGAUCUGUGUUGAUAUUCUACGUGCUUGUUAAUUCUUCUCAAACUUUGCACAACAAAAUGUUGGAGUCUAUUUUGAGAGCUCCGGUGUUGUUCUUCAACAGAAAUCCGAUAGGAAGAAUUUUAAAUCGUUUCUCCAAAGACAUUGGGUGUAUGGAUGACUUGCUGCCCCUGACAUUUCAAGAUUUCAUCCAGACAUUCCUACUUGUGAUUGGUGUGGUGGGUGUGAUGGUGGCAGUGAUUCCUUGGAUUGUGAUACCCGUGGUUCCACUUGGCAUCAUUUUAUUCUUUCUUUGGCGAUAUUUCUUAGAGACGUCACGAGAUGUCAAACGCCUGGAAUGUGCAACACGGAGCCCAAUAUUUUCCCACUUAGCAUCUUCUCUCAGGGGACUCUGGACCAUCCAGGCGUGCAAAGCUGAACAGAGGUUUCAGGAACUGUUUGACGCACAUCAGGAUUUGCACUCAGAGGCUUGGUUCCUGCUUCUGACCGCGUCCCGAUGGCUCGCCAUGCGUCUGGAUGUCAUCUGUGCCAUCUUUGUCACUGUUGUUGCCUUUGUGUCCCUGAUUCUGGCAGAAAGUUUGGAUCCCGGGCGGGUUGGCCUGGUUCUGUCUCUCACCCUCACGCUCACACAGAUGUUCCAGUGGUGCGCCAGGCAAAGCAUAGAAAUUGAGAAUAUGAUGAUUUCAGUAGAAAGGGUGAUUGAACACGCAGACCUUGAGAAAGAAGCAUCCUGGGAAUAUGAGUAUCGUCCACCGCCAGCCUGGCCCCGUAGUGGACGGAUUUCCUUUAACAGUGUUAACUUCAAAUACAGCUUUGACAGUCCUCUGAUAUUGAAGGACCUGUCAGCACUCAUUAACUCAGAAAGAAAGGUCAGCAUUGUGGGAAGAACAGGAGCUGGAAAAAGUUCCCUCAUCUCUGCCCUUUUUAGAUUGGCAGAACCCGAAGGUGUCAUUCGAAUUGAUGGGAUCCAGGCAACCAGAAUUGGACUUCAUGAUUUAAGGAAGAAAAUGUCCGUUGUAUCUCAGGAACCUGUUUUAUUCACUGCAACAAUGAGGAAAAAUCUGGAUCCCUUUAAUGAGCAUAAGGAUGAGGAGCUGUGGAAUGCCUUAGAAGAGGUACAACUUAAAGAAGCCGUCAAAUUUCUUCCUGAUAAAAUGGAUACUGAUUUAGCAGAAUCAGGAUUAAACUUGAGUGUGGGAGAGAGACAACUGGUGUGCCUUGCCAGGGCUAUUCUCAGGAAAAAUCAGAUACUGAUUCUUGACAAAGCCACAUCAAAUGUGGAUCCAAGAACUGAUGAGUUAAUACAUAAAAAAAUCCGUGAGAAAUUUGCCCAGUGCACUGUGCUGACCAUCACACACAGGUUGAGCACCGUUAUUGACAGUGACUGGAUAAUGGUUUUGGAUUCAGGGACACUAAAAGAAUAUAAACGGCCGCAUGAGUUGCUGCAAGAUACAGACAGCCUGUUUUACAGGAUGGUGCAACAACUGGGUGAGGCCGAGGCCACUGCCAUCACUGAAAGAGCAAAACAGGUGCACAGAAGGGGAGUAUUGGGAUGUUACUCACAGUGACCAUGUGGUUAUAAAUGCUUCCAGUGGACAGCCCUCAGCCUUAACAGUUUUUGAGAGAGUGCUGUGAUUCUACCAUGAUGUCAAAUCUAUUCUGAAGGCAUUUUUCCAAUAGUUUUUGUACUGCAUUAACUAUUUUGUAGUUUUUUG